CGUGACACACUAGCUGAUGAUGAUGAUGAUGAUGAUGAUGAUGAAGAAGUGGUGGAGGAGGAAGAGGAUGAUGCAGAUGGGAAAUGCAACCAGUAGGGACACACUUCACUUCUACACAUGUGGAAACUGCAGACGGACGAGUAUGCCUUUUGAGACGCGUGAGUCUUCGUCAGAGGCGGCUGCGACACGCACGACCGAAAAGGAGCAGCGUGAAGACGACGUCGCCAAACGUCUGCUCUACUGCUCGCUCUGCAAAGUGGCCGUCAACUCGGCCUCGCAAUUGCAAGCUCACAACAGCGGCAUCAAACACAAGACCAUGUUAGAGGCGAGGCGCGGUGACGGAGCCAUCAAGUCCUUCCCUAGGCUUAGCGUCGGCAAAGCCAAGAUACCGUCGGCGGAGGCGUCCGGUGGCCUCCGGGACAAGACGUUCCGUUGCCAGAUCUGCGAUGUGCACGUCAACUCGGACACGCAACUCAAGCAGCACAUCAGCAGCAGGAGACACAAGGAUAGAGCGGCCGGCAAAAAGACCAAACCCAAAUACAAGCCGUACACACCAGCGCAGCAGCCGCUCAGCUUUCAGACGAAAAAGCAUGAAGUGUUGCCGUCCUUCCUCCUGCAUCACCAGUUCCUGGCUUCCUUCGGUCUGCACCCCACUACCAAUGCUGUCUUUAAGUUCCAGAGUCCCCCCAUCCAACAGGCGCUCAUGCAGACGCCGCUGGCCUUUCCUAGUCACUACUGAAUAAAGUUUCCUUUGUUUUUGUCAUGUGUGGUGGUGAAUGAUAUACAGCUUUUUAAACUAAGCAUUGUGGAUUUAAAUUUUUUUAAAUUGUCAUUAUUUUGUAUUUUUAAAUGUUCUAGUGUAUAUAUACAGUGGGGCAAAUAAGUAUUUAGUCAACCACAAAUGGUGCAAGUUCUCCCACUUGAAAAUAUUAGCGAGGCCUGUAAUUGUCAGCAUGGGUAAACCUCUCACUUUAUUUAAACAAAUUUCGUGCAGUUUGUCAGUCAUUUGUUAGUUUUAAGGCUCCGGGAUGGCUAAGCUAGGGCGAGUCAAUGGUGGUUGAAAUCAACUCCAUCGACUAAUUAAACCCCCGCUAACUCAAAGAUUAAGCCGUAUGUGAAAAACUCAAUUACACGUGAUGAAAAUUUUCUGUUAUUUUUAUGUUGAGGCAGCAAAAGGAGAAAAAUUGGUAAAAAGUAACUGAUAAGUUACUUUUAAAGUAACUUAGUUACUUUGAUAAGUCAUCAGUAAAGUAACUAGAUUACUUUUUUUAGGUGUAUUCAGUAAUCAAAUUACUUUAAGUAAUCCGUGAUAACACUGGUUACUCAUUACUUGAGUAUUCUUUUCACUGGAUACUUUUUUUUUUUACUUGUACUUGAGUACAUUGUUCAGAUGACUGCUUUCACUCUUGAGUAAUAUUAUUUUGAAGAUACGCUACUCUUACUUGGGUCACAUUUUUUGGCUAAUCUACCCACCUCUGUACUUGAGUACAUUUUUUGGAUGACUACUUAUACUUUUACUUGAGUAAUAUUAUAUUGAAGUAACAUUACUCUUAGUUGAGUAAAAUCUUUGGUUAUUCUAGCCACCUUUGGGUAUAUGCAUUUGGAAUAAGAUUUUUUCUGUUAGAUUUUCUCUUACUCUCUUACUUGAGUACAUUUUUCAGAUGACUGCUUUUAUUUACUCUUGAGUAAUAUUAUUUUGAAGUUACGCUACUCUUACUUGGGUCAAAUUUUUGGCUACCCUACCUACCUCUGCUCACAAUGCUGCUCAUUACUUGAGUAUUUUUUUCACCAAAUACAAUUUUACUUGUACUUGAGUACAUUUUUGGACGACUACUUUUACUUUUGUAAUAUUAUUUUGAAGUAACGCUACUCUUCCUUGAGUCAAUUUUUUGGCUACUCUACCCACCUCUGUACUUGAGUACAUUUUUUGGAUGACUACUUUUACUUGAGUAAUAUUAUUUUGAAGUAACAUUACUC